GACCGAUUCCCACGCGGUUGUUUCUGUGACACACUGCCACACUUUCCCACGCACGCGGCGCGUGCCCUGGGAGCUGAAGGCUCAAUGCGCGCGGAAGGUCACGACGGAGCGCGCGCAGCCGAUCGAGGCGGACCGGCGGAUCAUGUGGAGUCCACGCGCCGCGAGCAGCUCAGAGCGAGCAGAGAGAGAGCUCGGACCGAGGAGGACGUGAGAGAGAGCAGCUGACCUAUUGUUUACUGCAGACAGCGCGAGCUUUCAGCCAGGAAGGCGCGGAACUAACGGAAGAAGAACCGCCGCUCUAAGAGCAGGUCACCGUUCGGUCCGAUCCGGAGCAGUAGUAUCAGCCGUGUGAGGAGUCGUUCGUCUCGGAGUUCAAAGUGGAGUUUAUGAACUGAAGACAGCAGCCGUCACCAUGAGAGCUCAAAUCGAGGUGAUUCCCUGUAAGAUCUGUGGGGACAAGUCGUCAGGGAUCCACUACGGGGUCAUAACCUGCGAAGGCUGCAAGGGGUUCUUCCGACGCAGUCAGCAGAACAACGCCAUGUACUCCUGCUCCCGCCAGAGGACCUGCCUCAUCGACCGGACCAACCGCAACCGCUGCCAGCACUGCCGGCUUCAGAAGUGUCUCUCUCUGGGCAUGAGCCGAGACGCGGUGAAGUUCGGCCGGAUGUCCAAGAAGCAGCGGGACAGCCUGUACGCCGAGGUGCAGAGGCACCAGCAGUCCCAGGAGUUUGCGGGGGCGGAGUUCGCGGGGGCGGAGCCGUGCGAGGACAGCGGCGAGCUGGGCGCCCACGGCCGCGCCUACAGCCGGGGCUCCAGCACGGCCUUCAGCGACCACCACGACAUGGGGGCCCUGGCGGAGGGGCUGCUGUUCGACCUGCCGCUGACCCCCGACUACUGCGCCCUGGACGUGACGGGCGGCGGCGGCGGCGGCGGCAGCGCCGGCAGCAGCUCCUCCUCCCAGAGCUCCCCGGAGCAGAACGGCGGCCUGGACCUCGUGGACGUCAACAACCACAUCAAGCACGAGUACCAGCUGCUGCAGGACUCCGGCCUCUUCUCCCGCGCCAUCGCCAUCCCACCGCCCGACGGCUGCUCGGGCCUCGAGCUAGAGUGCAUCACCCAGAGUGUGGUGAAGUCCCACAUCGAGACCAGCCAGUACAGCACAGAGGAGCUGAAGAGGUUGGCGUGGACCAUGUACAGCCAAGAGGAGACGCGCUCCUAUCAAACAAAGUCCGCUGAGGGGAUGUGGCAGCACUGUGCGGUCCACCUCACCAACGCCAUCCAAUACGUGGUGGAGUUCGCCAAGCGGAUCGCCGGCUUCAUGGACCUCUGUCAGAACGACCAGAUCAUCCUCCUCAAAGCAGGCUGUUUGGAUGUUCUUCUGAUCCGUUUGUGUCGAGCCUACAACCCCAUCAACAACACGCUGCUCUUCGACGGCAAGUUUGCCUGUGCGCAGCUCUUCAAAGCGCUCGGCUGUGACGACCUUGUGAGUGCCGUGUUUGACCUUGCUAAAAGUCUGAGCCGCCUGCAGCUCAGCGAGGAAGAGAUGGCUCUGUUCAGCGCUGCCGUGUUGCUGUCGCCAGAUCGCCCCUGGCUGACGGACACGCUUCACAUCCAGAGGCUGCAGGAGAAGGUGUACGUGGCGCUGCAGCGCUGCCUGCAGAGGGAGGCCUCGGCAGAGGAGAAGCUGGCCAAGAUGGUGUCUAAGCUUCCCAUCAUGAAGUCCAUCUGCCAUCUCCACAUCGACAAGCUGGAGUUCUUUCGCCUGGUCCACCCGGAGACGGCCCACAGCUUCCCCCCGCUGUACAGAGAGGUGUUCGGCAGUGACCUCAUCUUCCCCGACUCCACGCAGGGCUAGCCCCCAUCCAGACACAGAGAGGGAGCAACUGCAGAUUAUAAAACAUAGGGUGAGAGAGAGAGUCGGAGAGAGAGAGAGAGAGAAUAUAUACAUAUGUGGCAAGUUGCAAAGGCAAAAUCCACCAGCAGCUCAGUGACAAUCCUGCACGCUACACUUUAGCACGCCCUCCUCUCGCAUCCCCACUCCUGCCCUUAAAGAACUAUCUCACACUGCCCUAUGCCAGAGUGACUUCACCUUUAUCUGAGGUUCUCUUGGUGGACGCCGGAGAUUGUCUUUGUACGUGGAGGUAAACAUCAUUGAUGGGAUGAUAAUGUACCCAUCUUAGUUUAUGCCCUGACAUUUUUUUUUCAAGAAGGUGUUGAUAAACCUCGAGAACUUGUUCUUAAAUCUUUCCGGGCCCUGGCUGUUAUUUUAAGCUGUUAACGAAUGUACCCCAGCUCCCCCUUUCCCAUCACAGGCCUAUGGCUUGAUACAGAAUGUAUGUACAUGUGCAAUGCCGGUUUCAAUCCUCAUAGUAGCAGGGCAUUUUUUUCAUGACCUAUUUUGACAGUGUCCUAAUUUUGCCGUUUGGUCUCCUACGAUCAGACUGUCUAAAGGGACCACGAUCUAACUCACAAACAAGCAGGAUUCUGCAACUGCGCAAAACUGUGCAAAUUAAUGGUUGAACCUUGCACAGCAGAGAUAUAGCACUUACGCUAAAACAUAUUGGUAUUUUUUAUCAGCACAAUUUACAGACACUGAUAUUUUUAUUUCACAAUAUAAAUAUUUUUGUGAACUCUUUAUUUUUUCAACGUAAUGAGUGACCUCAGUCCUUAUCCCCUCUCCCUUUUGCAUAAUGCCACUUAGAAUGGAAAUAAUGAUAGUAUGGAAGUAUAAUGAAAUUAUUUGCAAAUGCUCCUUUCAUACUUACAAAUAUAGAAAGGUACGAUUAGAGUAGUUUCAAUUCAAAUUCAAAGUGAGAGGGAGAGAAAUUUCGAGGAAAGGAUUUUUAUGUAUUGCUUGUUCUCAGGUCUUAAACAGAUACUGUCUGACCAUAUAUGGGGUUUUGGGAAUGACUUGAUCGAACUAGCUGAAUGAUAAGAAAUUAAGAGUCCUUGUAUUAAUCCAAAAUUAACUCUUGGCCCCAAAUUGCUGGAUUUAAACUCCAACAAUGACUCUGACCGCCCCUGCAGAAUGAAGUCCUUCGACAGAUGUCCAGCGGAUGGAAAGAGAAUGUCCCCACACUAAAAAUGACCAGUGUAUGAGUGUAUGUAGUCAGGCGGCAUCAGUGGAGGAUCUUCUAGAACGUUCUGCUCAUGGCUAGUCCUUCCGCCACGCCUUCUACAUGGAGUCGAUCCAAGAGGCUUUGGGAGGAUUGUAAAACAAGCCAGGACUCACUCAGAUGAAAGUGUGGAACGAUGUCCCCUGUAACACGGCUGUAAAACAAUUACCCCGGAGUGGACUGGACAAUGGGAGGUUCCUGAAACUCCUACGACAGUCAUAUAACUGAGUCUGACCGCCACAGCCUCGUUUCUCACUGCUUUGGGGCUUCAGCGGAGAAUGUGUUUUCGAUCAGCUAUUCAUUAGGUCUGUAACCCAACUCCCUAACUACCUCACCCUCCGCACAGAGCAUGUGGCACAGUAAAGUGUUUCUAGAGUCCACCGCUAACCCCCCCCCCCCGACUAUCUUUUUUGAUUUAUUAAUGGUUCUCCAAAUGUGAAGGAUUGCGAUUUCAAAAAUUCAGAACACUAGAUUUCUCCUCAGUGGCUUAACUUAACUAACACAAAUUCCUCGUAAAAACGAAGAGGACAUAUUUCGCUCUACUAAAAGAUAACGGCCAGUGAUCGCUUGGCCAUGGCUUUGGCAAGCUUCUGUUGAUAGUUCUUUCUGCUGAGAAACCAUUUUUGUAUUACUUUCUAUCGCAAAAAGAUGCAUGUCCCGUUGAAUUAUACAUUGUAAUCAGGUUUCUCACUGCACUGCUGGAACAGUGCUGUCCUUCUCCAUCUGUAGCUCACAGGACCAUAGAAACGUUUCUCUGGGUGCUUCAGACAGUGGCACGGUGGGAUUGUGCAAUAACGUCUUGCCCGUUGACUUUGGUUAAGGUGGGGCCCUUCGAUCCAGAGGGGCCCCUUCGGUUCAGGGGGACCCGUCUGUUAAGGGGGACCCCCUGGCCCCGUUCCACAUUAGAUUCCACAAGCAAUCCAACAGAGACGGAGGUUAGUGUAGCGUGGUGCCCAGGUACCUUCAGCAGGAUCAGGCGUCAACGGGAGGAGGCCACGGUUAAGAUUCAUACCAAUAACAAAAAGCCUCCUAAUGCAAAGGUAUCAAUGCUAUGGGCAUUUUAAAAGACAAAUGUAAUUCUUUAGACCUCAUGUGAAACUGAACGAUGAUAAUAAACGGCCCCCACAGUGCUCGUACCAGCAGCGUAGCAGCAUCUUUAGGGCUGGAGUUUCUGCUAAAACGACUCAGGGAGUAGGCUGGACAGUGUCUUUAUUCUCUAGGUUAGACUCUAGCGGGACACCUUGCACCAAGGUAACACCUUCACACUGUCCUCACACUGUGCACAGAACAUGUUGUUUGGGAUGUCUGAUCAGAGGAGAAACAAAGCAUGUAUUUCUGUUUCUAAUGUCAUACGUUUCCUGGGCUGCUGAGUUCAAGUCUUGAAACAACAUGCUGGGAUGUAAAGUGGAUUUGAAUCUCUAAAUCCUGUUUUGGUUUUGUUGUGAUCUUUUGUCUAUUUGAAUUGCUACCCUCAUAAAAAAAGUUUUUUUCAUCAGUGUAGUAGCUCUUAGUCUUGGAAAGAUGUUAUUCUAUUUUUGUUAAAGAUCAUUUUUCAGAUAUGUCUCCUUGAACGGUUUCCCUAUUUGUCACAAUCCUUCUGUACGUCAUUUUCACACACUUUUAAAAUUGUCAUUGAAAUCAAUGUAGGUUUUGAUAAGAUCAUUUUAUGUUGUCAUGGAUCUAAACCUAAGAGGUUAUUGAUACUGAAAGUGUUAUUGUUGUACAGUGGGGAUUAAAUAUGUCAUUAAAAUAAUGUAAUAAAGGUAUUUUAC